AUAACAAACACUUCCUAACAUCACCAAUUUCAUUAAUAAUCUCACCAUAAUCAAUGGAUGAAAUCGUGCUUUCUUCUUUCCUCUCUGUCAUCUUUGAAAAGCUCGCCUCUGCAGCUUUCGAAACACUUGCUCCAUACUUUGAAACCGAUUAUGAUAUAGAGAAACUGAAGAGGUCAUCACUCCAAAUCCAAAGUCUGCUCGCUGAUGCUUCUCAGAAGGAGACAACCAAUCAGUUUGUGAAACGAUGGCUCAAUGAUCUCCGACAUUUAGCUUACGAUGUAGAAGAUGUACUUGACGAGUUAGCAACUGAUGCUAUCCAUCGUGAGCGGACUGACCAACCAGAAACCCACACCAGCAAGGUAAGAAAGUUGUUCCCAAAUCCUUUCUCAAAGCAUUCAUCAUAUAGUAGGACCAUGAAGGACAAGAUAGAUGUUAUUACCACCAAGUUACAAGAGCUACUAGAGGAGAAAGAUGCUCUUGGCUUAGUUGUCAUAGAGGAAAGGAGGUCAACAAAUGUAAAUAGAAGAUUACAAACCUCUAUGGUCCAUGAAUCUAGUAUUUUUGGUCGACGAGCAGAGAAAGAGGCACUGGUCCACAAGUUGCUACGGGAUGAACCGUGUGGUCAAAACUUUAGCAUAGUUCCCAUAGUUGGUAUGGGUGGGGUGGGAAAAACUACCCUAGCUAGACUUGUGUAUGGCGAACCAGAAGUCACGGAACACUUCAAACUCAAGGCAUGGGUUUGUGUUUCGGAUGAGUUUGAUAGCUUUGGUAUUAGCAAAGUUAUCUUUCAAUCUGUGACAAGGGAAACCACGGAAUUUAAAGAUUUAAAUCUGCUUCAAGAAGCUCUUAGAGAUCACCUAAGGGAGAAGAGAUUAUUAUUGGUAUUAGAUGAUGUUUGGAGUGAAAGUUGUCAGGACUGGGAUACACUGGUUGGCCCGUUUUAUGCAUGUGCUCCUGGAAGUAAAAUCAUCAUGACAACACGGAAGGAUCAGUUGCUUAAAAAGUUGGGUUACGGUAAUCUAGGCCGGUUGCGAACCUUGUCACAUGACGAUGCUCUUUCUUUACUUGCUCUACACGCAUUGGGUGUAUCUAAUUUUGAUUCACAUUUGUCACUCAAACCACAUGGUGUAGGUAUUGUGAAAAAAUGUGAUGGAUUGCCUUUGGCUUUGAAAGCAGUUGGGAGAUUAUUGAGUACAAGAAUAGAUGAAGAAGGGUAUUGGAAGAAAGUAUUAGAUAGUGAGAUAUGGAGGUUAUCCGUUGAAGGUAAAAUCGUCCCAGCUCUUAUACUUAGCUACCAUGAUCUUCCUGCACAUUUGAAGCAGCUGUUUGCUUAUUGUUCCUUGUUCCCCAAGGACUGCUUGUUUGACAAGGUGGAUGUAGUUCGAUUAUGGAUGGCAGAAGGGUUUUUGCAGCAGUCAACUCCAAGUGAUUCAAAUAAAGAAUGUUUGGGUCAUGAAUACUUUGAUGAGUUAUUGUCAAGGUCAUUUUUUCAACAUGCACCUAAUAACGAAUCAUUGUUUGUGAUGCAUGACCUUAUGAAUGACUUGGCGAAAUCUGUUGCUGGCGAGUUUUUCUUGAGAUUGGAGAAUAUUAAUAUGGAAGAAGCUUUGGAAAAGUACCGCCAUAUGUCAUUUGUUUGUGAGGAAUAUGUAGCCUACAAGAAGUUUGAAGCGUUUAAAGGAGCUAAGAGUUUGAGAACUUUCAUGGCAGUGUCUGCUGGGGUUGUAGGGCAACGUUAUUUCUACUUAUCAAAUAAGAUUUUGGUUGACUUACUUCCUGAAUUACCAUUGUUAAGGGUUCUAUGCUUGAGUGGUUCUCAAAUAAGUGAGGUACCCGAGUCCGUUGGUAAAUUGAGGCACUUGAGGUAUCUUAAUCUAUCUAGAACUAGAAUCGAACAAUUACCCGAAAAUGUUAGCAAUCUCUAUAAUUUAGAGACGUUGAUAUUAUGUGGUUGUUGUAGUUUAACUAAGUUGCCCCAAAACUUUUUAAAGCUUAACAACUUGCAACAUCUUGACAUCAGGGAUACCCCAAAUUUGCAGCAGUUGCCUUUGGGAAUUGGUGAGUUGAAAUGCCUACAAACUCUCACCAAGUUCAUUAUCAGAGGUGAAAUUGGUUUUGAAAUAACCAAACUUAAGGACUUAAAGAAUCUAUGUGGGGAAUUUUCCAUUAAGGGUUUGGACAAAGUGCAUAAUGCAAUGGAAGCACGGGAUGCGAACUUUUCACAAAAGAGGCUUAAUGAGUUUACGGUUGUAUGGAGUGCAGCCUCAGCAAACGAAAUGCUUGCAAAGGAGGUGCUUAAUGAGCUGAGGCCUAGUAACGAUUAUCUAAAACAACUCAACAUUGUGUUAUAUGGUGGAUUAGAGUUUCCAAAUUGGGUUGGCGAUCCCUCGUUUCAACGACUAAAGCAUGUGUCAAUACGUAACUGUAAAAAAUGUACAUCUCUACCACCUCUUGGGCAGCUACCAUCACUUAAGAAGUUAUUUAUUGAAGGUCUGGAUGGGGUGAAAGUUGUGGGUUUGGAGUUACUUGGGACUGGUAGUGCAUUUCUUUCACUUGAAACUCUACAUAUAAUAAAUAUGGGAGGGUUAGAUAAAUGGUCAACCAAUAGUGGGGUUGUGUUUCCACUCUUGCAAGAGCUUCAUAUAGAAGAUUGUCAUAAUUUGGUUGAAGUCACAUUUAAUGUACUACCUUCACUGAAUGUUCUAAAGUUAUAUAAGUGUCCUAAUUUGGUUGAAGUCUCGGUUGAAGCACUGCCUUUAUUGAAUGUUCUGCAAAUACAUAGAUGUGAUAGUGGUGUGGUGAGAAGGCUGGUUGAAAUAACUUCAGUAGUUACUGAGUUCCGAAUAGAAGAUAUUUCAGGGCUGGAUGAUGUGGUGUGGAGGGGUGUUAUAAAGUAUCUUGGGACCAUUGAAAAAUUAUCCGUAGAAAACUGUAAUGAAUUAAGAUACUUGUGGGAAUCAGAAGCAGCUGCAAGUAAAGUUCUUGUGAAUUUAAAUCAACUGAAAGUGCGAAGUUGUGGUAAUUUGGUGAGUUUAGGAGAGAAAGAAGGGGGGGGGGGGGGAUAAUUAUAGGAGCAGCCUUCUAGCAUCUUUUAAGAGGUUGUAUGUAUAUUCUUGUGAGAAUAUCAAGCGUUGCAGUUGUCCAUAUAACAUUGAGGAGUUGUGUGUCGACUUCUGUAAUUCAAUUACUGAUAUCUCCCUACCAACAAGAAGUGAAAAACUCAAGUCACUUAGGAUUAAAGGCUGUGAAAAACUAUUGGAAAGGGAGUGGGGAAGACAAAAGAUGCUUGAAUAUGUAGUGAUAACUGGUUGGCGAAAUCAGAAAUCAAUCAUUGAACUGAAGUACUUGGUUCACCUCACCACAUUGUGUAUAGAAGAUUGUGAAAAUCUGGAGUCAUUUCCUGAUAAUGAGUUGCCCAAUUUAACCUCAUUGAAGAGAUUGGAAAUAACAGAAUGUCGGAGUAUGGAUGCUUGUUUUCCUGGUGGGAUUUGGCCUCCUAACUUGUGUUCCCUAAGGAUAGGGAAGUUGAAGAAGCCCAUCCUAGAGUGGGGCCCACAGAAUUUUCCAAUUUCACUUGUGGAACUAUCCUUAUACGGCGGUGAGGAUGGAGUGAGUAGUUGUAGUGAGCUUUCUCUUCUUCUUCCUUCAUCUCUUACUUCUCUUCAAAUAAGUGGAUUUGAGAAAUUGGAAUCAGUUUCAAUGGGACUUCAACACCUCACUUCCCUCCAACAUCUGAACUUUUGGAACUGCCCUAAUUUGAAAAAAGUAUCUGAUCUCCAACACCUCACCUCCCUCCAAGAUCUCUCUUUUAUAAAUUGCCCUAGUCUGAAGGAAUUGUCCCAUCCCCAACCCCACACCUCCCUCCAACAACUCUCUUUUGACAGAUGCCCAAACAUGAUGGAUCUACCAGAAAUGAUAUUGCCUUCACUUUUCAGAUUAGAAAUCGGGGGUAAUUGCCCAAAACUGAAAGAAAGAUGGAGUAAAAGUGGCAGUCACUGGCCCCUCAUCUCCCACAUCCCCUGUAUCUACAUAUGGUGAUCAUGAAGUCAAUAGAAGACAUAUCAAACAGCUUCAUAUCCUGUUCACUAUGAAUGUCAUAUAUUGCUUAACAUGAGUUAUUCAUGAGUCAAGCAAGCAGAGUACUUAUAGCUGCAAGCAAAGUUGUCUGAUAACUUACAUUGUAUAUUGGAAUCAGGCUCAAACGUUUCUUCAACUUUUGACGCCUCAGGUGUUGGUUGUCUUUGAUCAUAGCUUCUCUCUUUCAGCAACAUGUGACUUAAUGACAAGCUGUGCUGCUGCCUAAAGUUAACUUCACACCUGUACACAGAAAUCUCAUUAAUUAAUUCUCAAUUUUUUUUUCCUUUUAUACUCUGUAGUUGAUGAUCGAUGGAAAUGGAAUACUUCACCUUUGAGGAAUGUGUUUCUUUUAAAGCUUUCUAUACCCUAAA